AAAAAAAAUCAAAGCAUAUCCCGGCGCUGAUUAAAAGAGCAUUAAAAUGGAUUCCAGAGGACUAGUGGCGACAAUAGCGAUACUGCUCGUCUUCAAUGUAUUUAGAACAUCCGGAAUGUGUCCUCUUUGUCCGGACAAGGUUCAUCCACAAGAGGCAUUCUGUAAGGCAGAUUUCGUGAUCAAAGCAACUGUGGAAGGUUUGACAAAUUAUGGUGACGAUCCUCUAACCCCAGAAUUCGAUCCUCAGGACGAAUAUACAGUUAUUGUCGAGGAGAUCUUUAAGGGAAAUGUGACAAAGGGUUGCUACGAGAUUGUGUGGGCAUUUCGAGACACUCUGCCGUGUGGCGUUGGACUUACGAUCGAUCAGACGUUCCUUCUCAGCGGUACGGAAGAAUCAGGUGACCUAAUUUUAGAUCCAUGUGGCCUACAUACCAACUGGAAUGACGUCACCAGUCACAUGAAAAUUGGUGUUAAUAAGCGAUAUAAGAAAAAUUGCCAAUGCGAGAUUGGUGAAAGCAAAUGUCAAAUCGAUCCAAGUUUAAUCUCGGAGCAGAAGGACUGUUUCUGUAAGUACGCUACGUGUGUGGAGUCUACCAAGGCGGGAUGUGCACCAGAAUGUAAAUGGAAGGAGAGUAAAUCCUUCGGGCCAUGUUUCGAUAAUAGCCUCACUGUCGCUAUUACAGCGUAAUCAGUUGAUAGACCUACGGGGUCACACUGGACACAGUGAUGUCUUAGGAGGUCACACUGGACACAGUGAUGUCUUAGGAACACUCAGAACACGUCGUUAUAACAAUAAAAUGUACUGAUCACAUUA